AUGGGCGCCCGCAACAGCCUCACCGCAGAGGAGAUCAAGUGGCGUAACGAACAGUAUCAAACUCCCGCCAUACGGAACCUCAUCACCAUGAACGGGAAGUCGAAGGUGUUCAGGCAUCUUUACCCGUCGUCUCCAGCAGAGGAGAAGGCAUGGAAACACAAGGUAACCUCUGACCGUAUAGGUGUUCUCGUGGCCGCUGCAAGGGUUAUGAUCAACAACUAUCGCAAGGAGAACGUCGGGGUCCCCCCCAAGGGGACGGACCCUGAGGUGUUCUAUGCCCGACGAGAAUUCCUAUUCCACUCCGAUGUGAAGAUCGCUCGCCACAGGCGUCGUUUCAAGGUUGACCCCAUCGCCACUCCGAACCUCGACCCUAAGCAGCCUCGCAAGAGGACCGCCUACCAAAUGUGGCAGGCCUCGGAGGAACGCGCGCGAGAUUGCCCCUUUGUGAAGGACAUCUCGGGCCGAGUGCUGAUAGGCAUUGACACAGCCGCGUCGAGAGAGGCCUUUGAAAAGCUCGACCCAUCUAUCCGUGCCUACUUCGCCGCUCUCGCAGAUGAAUACAACGACAACCGCAAGACCCUUCAAAUGACGCACAAGCAGCGGCUUACUUUUGCUCCGGUGGUCACGAACUACAUGCGCAGAUGCCUCGAGCAACUGUACGAGAUCUCGGGCAUACAAGGCAUGUUCAUUGCGGCCGGAGUGAACAAUGAGGGCGAGAUCGUGGUUCACGAGGUCGAGCAGGGGAAGGACGCCGAGAAUCGCUCCAUGGUGGACUUUCUGCACGCAGCCUAUAAGUCCAAGGUGAAGAAGAUAAAAAGGCUCACCACCAAGGUAGAAGUGCUCGCUGCCUUGCUUGCCAAGGCUCAGAAGGCAGGCUUCAAGGCCAACCUCCCAGCCGACGACGACGACGACGGCGACGACGACGACGAGUUCGCCGAGCACCAGGACGUUCCGGGUGUCCUAUGGCAAUGGGCGGAUGCUAUGGUAGAGGAGGAAAAACGAUGGCGCACGGACACGGAGGACGACGACGAGGUCAUCGACCGCGACUGCGACGACGACGACGACGACGAUGACGACGAUGACGACAACGACCGACGACGACAACGACAACGACGACGAGUUGCCACCAAUAGAGACCUGUGGCAAGACCUACGGGAAGCCUGCCUACCUCAGUGGGGUCACCAAGGCCUCGGACGGGCUAACAAAGUAUAUGCAGAGGGCGCCAAGAAGAAGGCCUCGAUCAAGGCGGGGAAACCUUCGAAGGCCACCAUUGCCCAACCCGGAGACGGGAAUGCACCGAAGCGCUCAAAAGAGAAGCGUGAUGCGGGUACAACCAAGUCGGCACCUCGCACGAAGAAACCUCGCACACCCGUCGACGACGACGAGCCACAGCCCUCUCCCAAGCGCGGCGCGGGUGCAUCCAAGUCAGCACCACGCACGAAGAAAGCUCGAGAGCCCAUGCUCUCAAGCUCGGACGACGAAGACUUCCAACAACCCGCUCCCAAGCGCGGCGCGGGAUCCAAGUAUGCACCUGCAAACAAGAAGGGUCACCCUCGCGUGCCUGUCCUCUCGAGCGACGACCAAGAGGAAACCGCGCCGCUCCCCCCGCUCCCCCGUACAAACGCUCGUGCCAAGGCCUCCGGGGCGAGCACCGGCACCCAGGCUGAAUCGGUGGAGAACGCCGCGGCCGCUGCCCCGACUCUGACUCCAGUCGCAGAAGCUCCACUUCCGCCGCUCCCCCGUACAAAUGCUCGUUCCAAGGCCUCUGGGGCAAACACCGGCACCCAGGCUGAAUCGGCGGAGAACGCCGUGGCCUCUGCCCCGAAAGCUCCACUGCCGCCGCUCCCCCGUACAAAAACUCGUCAAAAUACCACUGGCAAGGACGGUGCAUUGGAAUACAAAGCCUCUUCGGCAGAGAACGCACCCCCUGCGCCUAAGCCUCGUCCUCGUAAGAAGCCAGGUCAAACCACUCCUUCCCAAGAACUCCCCAACAAAGGAGAAGGUGCAACCACGCCUGAUGAGACGGAGCCUGACCCAGAGAACUCUGGAAACGGCAAAGGGAGCGCCAAGAAACCCGCGGCUGAGACGAAGAGGGUGCUCCCGGCCCGAAAGACCCGAGGCCAGUUGCCGGCACGCUAUGACGAAGAAACUGGAGGCGCGGCGACCAUGGACGACAGUCAAGAGGCAGAGCGUGCCGCUAGAGACAAGAUGUUCAUGCAAGCACGUGCAGGGCGAUUGGAGACCGACACGUCCGAGGCCGGCCCGUCGAAGAAGAGGUCUCGUAACGAGCGCGACUCCGAAUACGAGGAGACGGCGGCGACUGGAAAGGACGGAAGGGGUGGGAAGAAAUCUCAGAAGAAGGGAAGGAAGGGUUUAAUGCCUAUGUUGGCGUGGGCAAAGGCAGACACCGGUCCUGCAAGGCGCUACGUAGACGUGCGUCAAGAUACCGUGCGACUCUCCGACAUACUCCUCCUCAAAGAGUUCAUGGGGGAACACGAAGACAAUAUAUACGCGUGGCAACGUGGCCUCUGGGAACUCAAAAGCUACGACAGCGACACCAUUGAGAUCACCGCCAACAUGCCGGCUCUGCUGUUCCGUGGGUCGAAGAUUGGUUUCUGUGUCGGUUUGGCGGAGGAGCUGAGGGAAUGGGACCGCGCCCUGAACGGGGGAACUCUGCCUCCUUUCAACGCUACAAUUUGUUUUGGGGAGCGUGGGAUGGGAUUUGGCACGGUGGUAAUGGCUUGGAUUGAGGCAGACGAAAGGGCGUCGCCGUACAUGUGCUGGGUUGGAAACAUGGAGGGCGCUACCUACCAUAGUCUGCUGCAAAAGACCAAAGCCCUCGUCGAAGGCAAGAUCGAUACCACUGAAGUAUUUGACUCGGUGGAGGGUGAGCCUCACCCGCCUUUGCGUCUCUGGCAUUACCGCACCUCCCAAUGGGCCCCACGACGCCCAUCUGAAAAAGCGCCAUCUGGCACACUCGUUCUGUUACGCAACGUUCACAACCGUUGGCCGUUUAACGCGAGCGAUAUCAUGUUGCAGUGGGAGAAGGCGGGAAAAGAAGGCCAUCCGUGGCACUCAAAGACUCGCCUGAACUUCGCCAAACUCGAGACGCCCCUGGUUCACAUUAAGACCGAGAAACCCGCGGAUGCGGACGCAGCUGACGAGGAUGACGGCGAUGCCGCUGAUAUAGCCUACAUGACCGACGAGGACACCUCGAAGGUGACGACGAGGACCGACGCUGAGAUCGUGGCCAGCAUUCCGCCCAGGAAACUACGCGCACUUCUCCAAAGCGUAGUGGACUACGCGAACAGCGUGACAAGUAAGGCAAGGUCAAGGCGGCCUAGUGCCAGGGCAAGGGGUCUAGAUCCAUUGAGGACAAUCAAUGUUGCCCGAGACGACGCACAGGCAGGGGGUCCGGGCUACGACGCUCAGGCAUGCGCCCCAGACCCCGGGACUCCGUUCGGCCGUCGGACCUAG